CUUGCGUUAGCCGCAGUUUUUCACAGUAGCUCCUCACGUCGUCGUUCUGUCACUCCGUGUUACUUUAUGGUUGUCCAGUCAACAAGACACACGUGCAUUGUAUUUCUAAUCUAAUCUUUCCUGGAUUACUUUCUAGAUAUCCCUAAUUCUAGCUAGGUGCAGCUAGGGGCUAGUUUGAGCCGUAUUGGUUCUAAAAGAGGAUUUUAUCAUUUUGUAGGUGCGACUUUCACGACCUGUAGGUCAAGUACCGCUAAGAAUUAAGCUAGCCAACACACAGCAUGCUAAUUAGCACCCUAGUAGUGUGAAUGUUGUACUGCUGGGCUCAUUAGCCUCCGAGCUAACAGGCUACGCUACUGCUACAAUGGACGACUCUGGUAUUAAAAACAGAACUGGGACGUGAAAGAGACGGAAUUAUUUCUGGAAAUUCUCAAAGAGCUGGACAUGAAGAAGUGCUUGGACGGGAGGAAAGUAAGGAAUAACAAACUGUUCAAGGUGGCACACAGGAGGAUGACAACGGCCGGUUAUCACAGAUCUGUGGACCAGUUAAAGUUUCGCUGGAAACUUCUCAAAAGUGCGUACUACAAGUGCAAACGGGAGCCCGACUCCCCGACCCCAACUAAAAUGCAGGGCUGGUGGCGGUAUGAAAAGACAAUGAUUGCGAUCAUGGAGUCCAGACACUCUCUGGUUGGAGCUGGUGUUAACUCUGAGAGGAACGAUGAGGUGACAGAAGACUCGGAUGGUGAAGCAUCAAUGCUGCACUGGCCGCAGCCCUACCCGAACAAUGGCACUCAGAACCUGGAUUUAAUUAUCAAAAUGAAUCCUGAGAUGGAUUCGCAGCUGAAGGUCAGCUUUAUCGGUGCAGGUAACAUGGCUUUCGGCAUCGCAAAAGGAAAUGUUCUUCCUGUAAACAUCAAAGUCAGCGCACCAUCCUCCAGGAACCAGGGACGCUUUCAGGAGCUCGGCAUUGCUGUAACUCACUCCAACAUAGAGGCGAUCUGUGGCUCAGAUGUGGUCUUUGUUGCAGUCAAACCUCACCUGGUCCCACUAGUUCUGAAUGAGAUCUCACAGCAUGUCACUGAUAGACACAUAAUAGUAUCUGUUGCAGCAGGAGUAACACUGGCUACAUUGGAAGAGCUUCUGCCAGAGAACUCAGUCGUCAUCCGGCUGAUGCCAAAUCUACCGUGUGUGGUUCAGGAGGGGGCUCUCCUGUUUACGCGGGGGUCCCAUGCAAAACAGGAAGAUGGUGCUCUGCUUCGCUCCUUGUUGCAUCACUGUGGUUUGGUGGAGGAGGGACCUGAAGCCUGGAUUGACAUCCACACCGGGGUGAGCGGAAGCGGAGUUGCCUUUGUAUACCUUUUUGCUGAAGCGCUGGCAGAAGGAGCUGUUAAAAUGGGCAUGCCCAGUGCUCUGGCCCACAGCAUCGCAUCUCAGACUGUUCUGGGUGCUGGGAGAUUAUUACGUGACUCUGGGAAGCAUCCUGCUCAGCUUCGCUCUGAGGUCUGCACUCCAGGUGGAACUACAAUCUACGGGCUUCACACACUGGAACAAGGCGGCCUGAGGGCUUCAACCAUGAGUGCCGUGGAGUCUGCCACAGAGAGAGCCAGGGAGCUCGGCCGAAAGUCAGCCGCAGGAAGCAGAAAAUAACAGCUGCUGGUCGCCUUUGAAAAACUAUUAAUCAAACAUUAACUUAAAAAAAAAUCCCACCAACAAACUGUCUGUUUUGCUCAGUGUCACAAUGGAACACAAGGAGGAAAUAGGACUUGUCGCUUUUUUUAUUUCACUGCAUGAUUUUUCCAUAAACAAGUACGUUACUUCUUUUUGUGUCUUUGACCACAACAAUUUGAUGUUAGCAAAAAGAAAACAUUGGUUUAACAUUGAUACUCACAAAUGAAAAAUGUGAUCGUGACCUGUGAUCUACUGUUUGGAGAGAAUGGCUGUUUUUCUGUGCACCAGUAAUCCUACGUGUUGGGAUUAAGGCAGGAAUGGAGCCCAAAUGAUGAUGUUACUUGUAAUCACAAUAAGAUGGGCAGUACUACCAUUUUAGUCACAUUUACUGAGGGCUGUGUUGUUCUUGGAGAGGCUUCAGGCUUUAUUCAGACCAUGGAAUUCCUUAGUAGCAGACAGUCCGAAGAGUAUCUGAGGCACAAAAAUCCAUGACCUAUAGAUGGAUAAAGUUACAUGUUUCAGCUCAGAGUAGUUGCUGACCAAUACUUCGGAUUUUCAUUUAUAAGAAGUUGGAGAGUCAUGAUUUCUUCAUCUUUAAAGGCCAGUGACUGUAUCCUUGAAGAGCCUCUUAUUUUGUCUUUCUGACUUGUAAACUACCCACAGUAUUAUUCUUGACAGAAAGCACAACUUCCUAUUUUUUUUCAUUAUUCGUACCAUCUACUGUAGCUUGAAUCCAACCAAAAAGCGUCUUAACUGAUGUACUGCCUUACUGGUCUUGAUGAGAUAAUUAUGAGCAUUUAAUGCAGAGUAGAAAUAGGAGUUGAAUAUAUUGAUGUAUUUUUUGUUUGAAAUAGUUAUUGAAUUAUAGCAUAAGAUUUUUGGCAAGGUAGAAGAUGCCCGGUUCGCAUCCCAGUCUGGGCCUGAGAUCUUUUUGCAUGGAGUUUGAAUGUUCUCUCUGUGCAUACGUGGGUUUUCAGGUCAGGUCAGGUUACUUUAUUUGUACCCGUAGGUAGAUUUGUUUUGCAGUCCAUGAGAUUACACCGCCCAUACAUAAAACAAAAACAAGAUAAAAACUAAAUUUAAAAAUUGAGACAAACAUUUAACAAUAAACAUUAAAUAUGAAAUAUUAAAGUAUUAAAAUGUUUAAAAUCCUCCAGGUUCUAUCAUCACAGCAAACAUAGGCAUAAAGGACAUAAAAAGAAUAAAAAGGGGGGUACACGUAUUGGUUGCAGAGGCAACCUCCAUUAAGAUCAAAAUUAAAACAAUUUAAAAAAUCUAAAAAGGUAAGUAAAAGUGUAAGUAAAACAAAGUGCAAAAGCAUGUGCAGAUAAAUAUAUGCAAAUAGACUACGAUUUAUUUAGCUCAGCAAUAGCGGCAGGGACAGAACUAUUCUUAUAACGCUUCGUUCUACACUUUGGAACGAGGUACCUCCAUCCAGAGGGGAGAAGCUGGAAUUCACUGUGAAGCGGGUGGGAGUCAUCAUUUAAAGCAGAGUUUGCAAUCCUCUGCAGCUGGUUAAUGUACAGAGAUGCUGGAUAGAGCUGAGGCUCCCCAAUGAGACGACUCGCCCACUUUACUACCAGACUCAAGGAAUUUUUGUCUUUUAAAGACGUUUGCUUGAACCAAGCCACCAAGGAAAAAGACAGGACUGACUCAAUAAAAGCGCGAUAGAACAUAAUCAUAGGUGUUCUAUCAACAUGAAAGUGCAACAGUUUCCUUAAACAAUAUAAACGCUGGUGAGCCGUCUUACACACCGCUUCACAGUUAGCUUCAAAGCACAGUUUUGAAUCAGUGAUUGUACCAAGGUAUUUAUAUGACUGUACACACUCGAUUGUCUGACCUUUGAUUGAGGUUAAGCAGUUCUGUUGAGGACUUUUCCUAAAAUCUAUCAACAUGUCUUUCGUUUUUGUUGUAUUUAGCUGAAGGUUUGACUCCUCACACCAAGCAACAAAAUCAUCAACAAUUAGGCCAUGGCUGGACUCUCCCCUUUUAAGUAAACUUACAAUAACAGAGUCGUCCGCAUACUUUAUGAUUGCUCUGUUUUCAUAUAUGCUCUGACACGCAUUUGUGUACAGAAUAAACAGUAGAGGGGAAAGCACACACCCUUGUGGUGACCCUGUGGAUGUGUGUUUUAGGUCAGACAGAACAUUGUUAACCCUGACCCUUUGUGUCUUGUCAGUUAAAAAUUAUAGGAUCCAGCCUACCAAGUUGUUACUUAAAUUGAACUGCAGUAACAGCCUUUCUAUCAAGAUGUGGAGCUGGAUGGUGUUAAAAGCAGAAGAAAAGUCCACAAAUAAGAGCCUGGCAUGAGUCCCAUUCUCAUCCAAGUGUUUAAAAAGCAUGUUAGGCAGUGUUAGCGUUGCAUCCUCUACUGGGUCUAUAAGUGAACUGCAUUGGGUCCAUGGCACCUUCUGUUGUCCUUAGGAUCUCAUACCUAACCAAUUUCUCCAAAGUCUUCAUUAAAAUUGAGGUAAGAGCAACAGGUCUAAAAUCAUUUAAAGUCUUAGGACAGCUGCAUUUGGAGACUGGGACCACUACAGCAUUUUUCCAAAUGUUUGGGACUUGCUGUGUCUGUAAGGACUUAUUGAAAAUAAAAUGAAAGACUGGGCUCAGUUCUUUAGCACAGGACUUCGGUAGACGACCACAGAUAUUAUCUGGGCCAUGCUGUUUGUUGACUUUAACAGCAAGAAAAGCUUUCUCAACUUGGUCCAGCUGAAUGUUAAAGUGCUGAUCGUCCUUUAGUUUGUGACUGAGUUCCUGUAAUUCUGUGUAAUUCUCCAGGUACUCCAGGUUCCUCCCAGAGUAACUGGUGAUUCCAUACUGUCUGUAGGUGUGAAUGUGAGUGUGAUUCUUUGUCACUAUAUGUAGCCCUGUGAUAGACUGAUGACCAGUCCAGGUGUCCUCUGUCUUCUGGGAUGGACUCCAGCCCCCCGCAACCCUAAUGACGAUUAGGUAGUGUAUAGAUGAUGGAUGAAUGGAAGAUUUUUGGCCAAAUGAAGCAUAAGACUCAAAAUUAAGAAAAUUUAAGAAUAAUAAUGUUCAUGCAGUGGUUUUCCAAUGAUAGUUUGUCCCAAGUCUUGCUAGUGUAGUUAAUGAUUUUGUGUCUAACACAGUGAGUAGAAAAACAUUUGAUUUGAUCUAUGAUGCCCUGAGUGUAGAAUCAAUUUUCAUAAAGUGUCAUGGUAACAAGUUCUCUUUACCUUAUUUUUUAUUUGAAUUAAAGCUUUGGAAUUAGCCAUCA